ACGCUCUCCAGGCCAUCAUGGUGCUUUUAACAAUGACGCCGUCCAUUGUGGACGCAUUAAAGGAGGUGGAAGAGCCGCACAAAGCAGACGACCAGGGCACAGCAGACGAAUACAGCAACGAGGCAAGCCGGGAUCAGAGCAAUGACGCAGCUUCAUCAUCGACAGAGCCAGCCGUUGGCAACCCCAUUUCCCACAGCGAUAUAGUCGGCCUUUACAGGAGGCUCAGGGCUACAGAGGCUUCAGAGCCCAAAUAUAGUCUAGAGCAGCUGCUUCAAGGAUCUCACGUCUACAUCCCUCCUCCGCCACCAAAACCAGAGCCGUCUGAAGAAUACAAAGCUCUCAUGGCCCGGCUUCGCCGCGAAGAAGAUGCCCGCGCCUACGAACGCAUGGUCAAUCCACCGCCUCCCCUCGAGACAUUCCAAAACCGAUUUCCCAACGCCGCCCAUGCCUUUGCAGAGGCCAACCGACCUUCCAAAGCAGAAGACCUUGGCGACGACGAAAUUACAUACAACGAGGUGCAGCGUCAAGUAAUGCUCAUCAUCAAUUUCCUCGUCAGCAUUGUUGGAGUUGCGGCUACGUUAUGGAUUGCCGGCCGGUGGUGGAGCCUAUCGUCUCGAGUGUUCUUGACGCUUGGCGGCAGCAUAGUGGUUGCCAUCGCGGAAGUGGCUGUCUAUUCAAGCUACAUGUGGAGGAUGGGAGAGGCGAAGAGUAAACAAGGUGCUGUCAAAGAGAUCAAAGAAGUGGUCCAGUCCUGGGUUGUGGGACAGGAAGGAGAUGAUGGCGGUGACAAGAGUGUCUUGUUACGGAGCAAAGGCGAAGAGGACGAAUCAGUAAGGAGAAGGAUACCGACGGUCUCGGCAACAGAAGGCCCAGAGUCUUGA